AUGUAUGGUGGUGGCGGUUAUUAUGUCCCAUCAACUGUGUGGACAUAUGUGCCUCCUCCUCCUCCUCCGCCGCCUCCACCUCCGCCACCAAUCUACAGCGUCACCUAUCCCAUUCCCAUCUACGGCUACCCCGGAGGAGGCUGCCAUACCUCCAAGACGAACUUCUCGGGUCGUCUCGCCGGCAUUCCCUUUACCGGCAAGGCCUACACGACGGAUUGCUAUUGUUCUGUGGGAGGUAAGGGAAGGGGCUGGUGGUCGGUACUGGGGUGGUGUGACAUCUAUCUGACGAUAGCUAUCACGCUUGGCGCUGCGUCACCUGCGAGGAGGUAUUGA